GAACUCUCUCUUUGUACGCCUCUUCCCUGUUGGAUAGUCUCUCCGGAAGUUCUGGGAAAAUGAGAAGAGCAUGAAGUUGGAAGAAACUUGUGUCUUUAAAGGUACCAUUUUAGAAGCAGGGCAAUAGAUUAAUACAGAGACCCCUUAGUGAGUUGAUACAUUCCAUAUUUUUAAAGAUAGCGGUAAUUAUUGUACCAAUGGGUCUGCCGACGCUGGAGUUCAGUGAUUCUUUUCUGGACAGUCCAGAGUUUCGGGAACGGUUACAAUGCCAUGAAAUAGAACUGGAGCGGACCAACAGAUUCAUAAAGGAUCUCAUUAAGGACGGGAACAUGCUCAUAUCUGCUCUGAAAAGUUUGUCCCUGGCAGUGCAGAGGUUCUCUCAAUCUCUGCAGGAGUUCCAGUUUGAGUGCAUCGGUGACACCGAGACCGACGAUGAGAUUAAUAUCGCCCAGUCUCUGAAGGAGUUCUCCCAACUUCUCAGCACCAUGGAGGAGGAGAGGAGACGACUGAUCCAGAACGCAGACGACGUGUUGAUAUCGCCACUGGAGAGGUUCAGGAAAGAGCAGAUUGGAGCUGUCAAGGUACGGCUACAUCUGUUUGACAAAGAGACAGAAAAGUACUACUCUGUUCUUGAGAAACAUCUCAUCAGUCUCUCAUCCAGGAAGAAGGAAUCUCACCUACAGGAAGCGGACUCUCAGAUGGGGAAGGACAGGCAGGUGUUCUACGACGCGUCCCUGCAGUACGUCUUCAAGAUCCAAGAGGUCCAGGAGAGGAAGAAGUUUGAGUUUGUGGAGCCGGUGAGGAGGGAGCGCCAUACCGUGAUCAGAUCAGUCACGCCCACUUCCUGUUUCGGUGCCUUGGCAUUUCCUGUGCUGAUCUUUCUCGCUCUCUAAUGAUUGAGCGGGCUUUGUCUGUUGAUUGGUAAACAAAUGCUGGGGACAUCGCUCGAAAAAAUAACAAAUAGUCAAAAUGUUGUUAUGACAUACAUUACAUUUAUGGAGAUCCAAAUAUCAAAGGUUCAAAAGUCACAAUAAACAUAAGAAACCUACUAUUUAAGUUUCAGAAUGAGAAAUGGGAAGAAAGAGGUGAAGAGAGUUU